UUAUUUGAGCGCGUAGCAAAAAAAUAACAAAAAGGAAUUGCAAAAUACAGGUGGGUAGGAAGCAGUGGUAGAUUAGUGGAGUCGUUGAUGGUCCAAUUUCUGUCCAUCUUCAGCUGAUAGCAGCGAAUUCAAUACCCCGUCAACUCUCCGACACAAUCAUAUGCGCGAGUGAAAAUUUCUCCCCCACUGCUCAACAGUUAGACCGCCGGGAACGGAGCUCCCCGACACGACGCCGGCGUCCAACUGUCUCUCGGCCCACGCCUUUGUUUUCUUCUCUCAAUUAUUUGUGGGUUGAAAAAAACAAUUUGCGCCUUGUGAUUGGCGGGAAUUCUCUUUGUCGGGAUCUUGGGUUCUUGUUUUUUACUUGGUAUUGUACAGAGAUUUAAGUUCGGGAAGGCAUUGGUUUUUUUCCUCCUUUUGGGCUGUACUGGAGUUGGAUCAAGUGUAUAGAUACAGAAUUCGCAUAGGUGUGGGUGUGUGUGCGUGUGUGUCUAUAUAUAUAUAUAUAUAUAUAUAUAUAGAGAGAGAGAGAGAGAGAGAUGGCGGUUUCGGAUAAUACGAGAGGGUUAAUAUUAGCAAUGUUGUCUAGUUUGUUCAUUGGGACGAGCUUUAUUUUGAAGAAGAAAGGUCUUCAGCGUGCUGCUGCAGCAGGUACACGCGCAGGUGUUGGAGGCUACACUUACUUACUAGAACCUCUUUGGUGGGCGGGAAUGAUUACGAUGAUUGUAGGAGAGGUUUCAAAUUUCGUGGCAUAUAUUUAUGCUCCAGCUGUUCUUGUGACCCCUCUUGGUGCGUUGAGUAUUAUUGUUAGUGCUGUUCUGGCACACUUUAUGUUGAAGGAACGGUUGAGAAAGAUGGGCAUUCUGGGAUGUGUUUCUUGCAUAGUUGGAUCUGUAGUUAUAGUCAUUCAUGCACCACAAGAACAUACUCCAAGCUCUGUCCAAGAAGUCUGGAUUCUGGCUACUCAACCAGCGUUUCUCAUUUACGUGGCAGCUACAUUAUCCAUCGUGCUAGUGCUGAUGCUGCACUUUGAGCCUCUCUAUGGGCAGACGAACGUACUGAUUUACUUAGGGAUUUGUUCCUUGAUGGGUGCACUUACGGUCGUGAGCAUAAAGGCGAUCGGAAUUGCCAUCAAGCUCAGUUUGGAGGGGAUCAAUCAAUUUGGAUAUCCACAGACUUGGUUUUUUCUUUCAGUUGCCGUAGUCUGUGUGAUCACACAGUUGAAUUAUUUGAACAAGGCACUUGACACUUUCAAUGCUGCAAUUGUUUCUCCUAUAUAUUAUGUUAUGUUCACAACUCUGACUAUUAUUGCGAGCGUUAUAAUGUUCAAGGACUGGUCAGGUCAGAAUGCAAGCAGCAUAACCUCUGAAAUAUGUGGAUUCAUCACAGUUCUCUCUGGAACUGUUAUACUUCACAUGACACGGGAAGAGGAGCCAGCAACUUCAACAGGAUCAGUAACUUGGUACGAUGGAGACCAUUCAAAAGGCUUAGAAGAGGCUCAUUUCAUCACAUUGAACAAUUCUGAUUACUUUCGUUAAUCAUUUUUUUCGUGGAGACGAACUUUGGGACAAAAUUCCUUGCAAUGAAUCCGCGUGGAUGCGGCAUAUUCUUGGAUGGCCCGGGACAAAAGCAUUUUGGAUCAGUUUAAGCAUUGUAAAAUAUGGAGGGCUGUGGAUUUCUUUACCUGUGCAGGGAAUUGCAUGAUUGGAGUCUCGUCCGGGAUUUUUGUCAGUGGGGGAUAUGUACAUAUUCUGCCUGUGUUUUUACAAUUCUUUUUGGUUUAAGGUUUGUUGUGUUCAUGAAAGGGAGGUUGCAGUGGCAUCAUUUUCAGUAUGCUUUAUUUACUUUUUAUUUUAGAUAUGUAUAGAGCGGAGGUCAAAGGAUUAAUAGAGUUUUUCAGAACUAGCAUUUAUAGUUUGUUUUUCAAAAAAUCGAUAGGUUAAAUGUAUACGAGUUUAUCCAUAUCUGCUGCUAAAUGGUUGAUUAUAGC